AUGACAAAAGUUUUUUUGUUGUUUUUUGUUUUUUUUUUUAAAAACACAGUUAUCCCCGAAAAAAUUAAUGAUAUUCCUUUAGUUAAUUAUGAAAUGGUGCCUUUACAAAGAUGGAAGGUAUCUGCAAAAGAAUUAAUAAAAUUAAAAGAAAAACUAAAGAUUUUCAUAACAUCAGAAAUUCAAAGAGAAGGUUCUAGAAUGCUCAGGAAGUAUUAUAAAGAAUUCUAUGUUUUAGACGAAGAUAACUUGAAUGAAAACAUUUCUAAAGAAACUUUAGAUAAAAAAGAAAUGAAAACUCCUCCAUUUUUAGAAAACACCAAAUUAGAUGAAAAAGGAAAUAAAAAUAAAAUAAAAAAAACAUUUGAAAUAAAUGGUCCUAUAUUAAUAAUUUAA